GACAACUUGGUAGCGGAGACCUGACUGGAUCCUGUUCCCAAGUAAGGGAGGAACCCAUCCCCCUGAAGGUGUUGAGAAACUUUUUCUGCGAUCAAAUUUGAAUUUCAUCCGGAUUAUCGGGAAACUCUGAUCGAUAUGUUCCGAAGAAGUGAGUCCUUGGCGCCCAACGAUGGAAACCCAUACAGUCUCACCCGGCAGGAAAUGGCCAUGUUGGAUCCAAACUACAAGAAACCAAGAAGAAAGAAAUUCCUGAAUCAAGAGAAGGAUGUGGAAUUGAGGGAAAAAGUGGAUCCCACGCGGCUUCAUGAGGCGAAAACGGUGAGCUCAUACCGGAAGCAGCGAGUCUCUGAAGAUGUGGACGAGUUGUGGAACGACAUUGAAUCCUCGGAUGGUGAUUAUGAGGAUGGGUCUAUCUCAGAUGACGAUUUGUGUGAUCCCACCUACGAACUGAUAGCUUUAAAGCGGUCCAACGAGGAGAAGCAAACCCUGAAGGAAUUAGUCACCAACUCGAAAAAGAAAUUCAGAACCAAGUACUCGUUGAUGGUGAAGCAAAACGAGACCCAUCGUUUGGAACGUGUUCUGCGGAACGAAGAAGAACAACUUCAAAAGGCCGAAGCUGAAUUCCGUUUGGCCCAACAAGCCUUUGACCAGUUUCUCCAAGCCAACGAUAGCAAAGCCAUUCAAGCGCAAAAAAGAGCUGAAACGGAAACUCAAGUUCGUUUGGAAAAGGUGGCCGACAUCAAAGGGAUCGACGAACAUUUGGUUGCCUUGAAGAGGGAGAUAAAUAAGAAAAAGGAUGUUUUGGUGGAAUAUGCCACCUUCGAAACGUUCCUCUUCUCACUGUCGCCUGAAGCGUGGCGUAUGGUUCAAUCGGAUAAGACCUAUCAAAACAAAUCCGGUUCCUUCAGCCUCCAAGAUUCCUAUCCACUUCUACCGAAGGAUUCACCCGAUAGUUCCAUAGCCAACAAUGACAUGCCAAUCGACAGCUUGCUCGAAAUCACCGCUCAAGAACUGGGAAUCCCCUUCUCCGAGCUAGCCAAGGUGAAGGACAAUGUGAAAUUGUACUUCACACAGCCACAACAACUGUUGAGUUUGUUUGCGGAUCUUGAAGUGGAAAACCUGGAUCUCAUUGACCAAUGCCAACGAGCCGAGGAUCAACUAGUGGAAGUGAAGAAGAUGACCAAGGAGGUGAUCGAUCGCCUCAAUGAGCAAGCGGCAAAUUUUGAAAAUGGGAUCCUGGCUUUGGAACAGAAGAUCCAAAAUGAGGGCCAAAUAUUGAUGGAACUAGAAUCUUCGAUGACAGGCGAUGAUGAAUCCCAAAGUGUGGAUCAUGUCAAUCUGUUCCACGACAGACAACGAAUGGUCAAGUUUGCCUCUUCAACCCUAGAAGGGCACACUUUUAGGAGCAAAGAUCGGAAGGGACAAGAUCUGUCUCCUGAGGACGAAAUGUUAAUUGUUCUAGAUGAGGUUGUAAGUCAAAUCCAUGACGAAUGUGUGGGUGAAUCUCGCUCGGUUCUAACAACGUUGGAUAAAUUGAAACGGAUUGAGUUACGUAUGGAACAUCUUACCACAGAGCUCGAAAAAUUGCCCCAAAUCAAAGUGAAAAUUGCCCAAAAGACCUGCGAGCGAGAACGACGCCAAAGAGAAGAAGAGACUCGUCAGGAGGAACAUCAACGCCAACACGCGGAGAGGAAUAGAAGGGCAUUGGAUCGAGCCUUGGCUCCGCCAUAUAUUAAGCCUGAAUUGAGGAAAUUCCAGCCCUGGCAACAUCGUGUCAUUCGAAGGAGAAAACCUCAGGUGCAAAAGCAAGACUCUGAUGAGGCUGAUAAGGAGGAUAGCGAGGACGAUUGGUUCGUGUAAACUCAAGUCUCUUUCCAAUGAGCCUAUACCAUCAAUCGAGGUUUCGUGCACGUCUAGCUCUCAACUUCCGAGCACCUCCGUUUCUGGUCCCUCGUGCGGGACCCUGAACUUGUAAUAAACGUUUAUCUCGGACCUGAAUUGAAA